AUGGAUUCUCAGGAUAUCUUUUGCAGUUCUUGCCGUAGGAGCCGUGCAGUCGAUGAGUUUCACGUCAACAAGCAAGGGAAGCGGAACAAAACUUGCCAGCGGCAUUCGAAGAAACGUCCCUUGGAGGUCGAUGACUGGGAGAAUUUCAUUCAGGUCCUUCGCAAUUGGAAUGAGCCAAACCAAUCUGAAAUACUGGACGGCACAUACACAUUUGCUCUAGAUGCUCUACCGGUCAACUUUCGUUCUCUACGCGUCCAGGAAAAUGCAUUCCCUCGAUCGGAGCUAAACACCACAAUGCGGGAUCUCAUUGACAUUAUCCGGGACGAAGGAGGAUUUCGGUUCACGCAUCUGGCAACAAAUGGCGCAGGCUCUUCAUAUACGUACCGCUGUUGCCAAGAUGUGAUGAGUAUCAAAAAGUAUGAAUCUACACUGGAGCCAGAGAAGCGACGGGAUGGUAAACGCAUGGAUCGAGUCCCAUGCGAGAGCAGGCUCCGCAUAGGCCCUUGUUUACAAAGUCGAACCCUCAGCCUUUCAAUCCAUUACAGAUGGCAUACGCCUUACGAGGAUAACCACGUACCGCCAAUUGUGCUGGAACUGAUCAAUGAACGCGGGUCAAGCAAGACUUCAUCGGAGAUACUGCGUGAUAUUCGAGCCGUUCCCGAGGCAAAAAAUGUGACAAGACACCAAGUCUAUUAUCUCUGGAAGAAAGCAAAUGCUGAGAUACGGCAGCCAGACUCUGAUCCCUUCGCCUCAGCUACAAUGCUCCUUUCUGAAGACAGCAAUUCUCAAAAUCAAUGA